GCGACGCCAGUUGCUUUUGCUUUAGCCAUCAUUGAAUGACUUUGUCCCCCUGUGCAGCAGCAGGGUAUAGAAAGGUGGCUAUUUGACAGGUCGGGAGCAUUAUCGGAGCUAAUGGAGGCCCUCAUUCCUGUCAUUAACAAACUGCAGGAUGUGUUUAACACGGUGGGCGCGGAUAUCAUCCAACUGCCGCAGAUAGUUGUUGUGGGAACUCAGAGCAGUGGGAAGAGUUCAGUUUUAGAGAGCCUGGUGGGCAGAGACAUCCUGCCACGUGGAACUGGCAUCGUCACACGCCGGCCUCUUAUCUUGCAGCUAGUGCACAUCGAUCCAGAGGACCGCAGGAAAACCAAUGAAGAGAAUGAAUCAAAGAGAAAUGGACGCCUUAACAGAGGCAUCGACGGAGAGGAAUGGGGCAAAUUUCUACACACCAAAAACAAGAUCUACACAGACUUUGAAGAGAUCAGGCAAGAAAUCGAAACAGAAACAGAAAGAAUUUCCGGCAUUAACAAGGGUAUCAGUGAUGAACCCAUUCACCUGAAAAUCUUCUCCCCACACGUUGUGAACCUCACAUUGGUGGACCUUCCUGGCAUUACGAAGUUGCCAGUGGGAGACCAGCCCAAAGACAUAGAGGGUCAGAUCAGAGAACUGAUCUACAAAUACAUCUCCAACCCCAACUCCAUCAUCCUGGCUGUGACUGCUGCAAAUACAGACAUGGCGACCUCAGAGGCCCUUAAAGUAUCCCGCGACAUUGACCCUGAUGGCAGGAGGACGCUAGCAGUGGUGACCAAGCUGGAUCUGAUGGACGCCGGCACAGAUGCCAUGGAUGUAUUAUUGGGCCGGGUCAUUCCUGUCAAACUGGGCAUUAUUGGAGUAGUUAACAGGAGUCAGUUGGAUAUCAAUCAGAAGAAGUUGGUGGCAGAUGCCGCCCGUGAUGAAUAUGCCUUCCUACAAAAGAAGUAUCCCUCCCUUGCAAACCGAAAUGGUACCAAAUAUCUCGCCAGAACAUUGAACAGAUCAAGCGGGGCGUUGGGAAACUCGCAGUUCGAAACCGCCGCUCCCGCCCGCCCACUCCACGCCCCGCGUCAGGCCCGUCGUGUCCUUUCAUGGGAGUUACUGAGGUUUCCAAAGCUCCACGAUGCCAUAGUAGAAGUGGUCACCUCGUUACUCAGAAAGAGACUCCCAGUCACCAACGAGAUGGUUCACAACCUGGUGGCCAUCGAGCUGGCUUAUAUCAACACUAAGCAUCCUGACUUUGCCGACGCCUGUGGCCUCAUGAACAAUAACAUAGAGGAGCAGAGACGCAACAGAAUGAGAGACCUGCCCUCUGCUGUCCCCAGAGACAAGUCCCUUAAAGGCCCGGGUGGGCAGUCUCUCUCUCCCUCUGAGCCUCACGCCCUCGAGAGCGAGGCUGCCAAGGCAGCAGCCGGCGGCUCUCAGAGCGGCGAGCAGACAGACGGCGGGACGGGGAACUGGAGGGGGAUGAUCAGGAAGGGAGACGAGGGAGCAACGGGAGAGAGGGCCGGGCUGCAGCACUCGUAUCCAUCAAGCCCUCAUAAGGGAUACGCUGUCAACCUGCUCGAUGUGCCUGUUCCAGUUUCCAGGAAGUUGUCUGCCCGGGAGCAGAGGGACUGUGAGGUCAUCGAGAGACUCAUCAAGUCCUACUUCCUUAUUGUGCGGAAAAACAUCCAGGACAGUGUGCCGAAGGCGGUGAUGCACUUCCUGGUGAACCAUGUGAAGGACAGCCUGCAGAGUGAGCUGGUGGGUCAGUUAUACAAGGCGGGCCUGCUGGACGACCUGCUGACAGAGUCCGAGGACAUGGCUCAGAGACGCAACGAGUCCGCUGACAUGCUCAAGGCUUUGCAGAAAGCCAGCCAGGUGAUCGCAGAGAUCAGAGAAACCCACAUGUGGUGAGGGCGGCCGCUCUUCAUCCCUCCCAGACCCUCCUCCUCCUCCUCCUCCUCCUCCUCGCUCUCCUUGCUCCUCAGAGACGGAACAACAUGAUAAUGCACUGGUGUGGAUAUGUGUAUAUGGAAACAUAGUUUUAACGUAUAGUAAAGACUUGGAUUUAAUAAAGGGCAGAACAUAUCAGCUCCUCAAUGUCAGCAACACACAUGCUUCUGUCUUAGAUUAUUAUAUUUUCUUAUGUAACUGAACCAAUAAAUAAAUAAAUAGAUCAUGUAAAGCAUCACCA